AUGAUUGAGGGAGAGGUUCUGAUUCACACAAAGAUAAAAGUCAGUGAGCUGUCGACCCUCGCAUCAUGGGGUGAACUUCAAGACAGAGAAGAUUACAUGGAUUGUCUUCCUUCUUGCCUCAGUAAAAGACUUCUCACUCUUCAAUUGAGCCCACAAGCCAGUAUGAGGGGCCAACAGAUGUGGAGUGCAAGAGAGUGUCAAGAUGUGUCAACUGCUGUCAACUCUACUCAGCUAAGCAUCAGCACUGCUCUGCUGCACUCAGAUGUGUCACAGAGAUGCUCAGGAGCGGCAAUCAUCACCAGCACAGCCAGCAUCAAUGAUUGCAGUGAUGGUAUCUACAUCAACCACUCAGUCAACCCAGUCAACACAGCCCGCUGGGCUAGCACCUCACAAGUGAGCAGCUAUUCAGAGUUUCAUCAGUGA